UUUCAUGAGCAGCUGGGCUUUCUCGUGAUCCUGGAACGCUACCCGAAGGAGAAAAUGUUACCAGCCUUGAACAAGAUUAAAUUUUUAGUCCCCCAAGACUUCACCAUGGGCCAGUUCGUAACCAUCAUCCGCAACAGGAUGGCCCUCGGAUCCACGCAGGCCUUCUACUUCCUCGUGGACGGCAACCACAGUCUUGUGAAUAUGUCCUCCACCAUGGCUGAAGUCUACACCACCUACAAAGACGAGGACGGCUUCCUCUACAUCACUUACGCCUCCCAGGAGAUGUUCGGAUGAGGGCCGUCGACCCCUUGGAAGACGGGAUGGGUAGUCUCCUCCUUCCCCAUCCUGGCCGCCUUUCUUCUGGAUUACACCGUUCUGAACAUGCGUCUUUAGAUCUGUUUACCUUCACUGAACAUACAACCUGGAGCGCUUCUGUUUUUCCCAGUGGGCAGGACAGGUUUUUUACGGGAAGGCGAAGUCCAUUUGGGGUUCCUGAGCUGCGGGAACCGUUUGGGGCCAAUGUCUUCUCCUUGGUGCUUUUCAAAGGAGGCCUAGCUAAGAACUUUGCUUCCUCCUGAUCUUGGAUAAAUAUUUUCCUUUUCUGCUCCAGAUGCGCCAGGAUACAGCACCCUGCUUCAGUUUGGGGGCAAACGCUGAGUCCUCUGCUGUUUCCAGUGUCCAAAACCCAAAUCGUGGUUUUUCUCACGUCCCCAAAGCAAGACAGAGAUGGGGACUCUCCAGCUGCUGUUGGGGUACAACUCCCAGUAUCCCUUUCCCUUGGCCGUACCAGCUGAGGCUGCUGGGAGUUGUAGUUCAGUUCAGCUCCAGUGUAGAGAGAACUCAAUGCUGAUGGUUGUGCAAACUAGAGGAUUAACUUGAGGCACCCACCAAAGGAAUCACAACUAUCUAAAAGGGCAACAGAUCAGCAAAGGUUUUUCUUGCCCGGUUUGCGGGGGGAGAAGGAGCGAGCUUGUUUUCAUUGCUGCUGGUGAAUUUAAAUUGAAAGUGUUUAAAAAAAAACUGCAGAAAAAGAAAUGUUGGAAAUGGCUAAAGUAGAAAUCAAAAGUAAAUUGCAUGUGGUUGGCAAGCCCUGGAGAAGGGGAACAACAUCAUUGUUCAUUUGGAGUAUUUCUCAGCUCUUCCAUUUUGACUAGCAAACAGGAGUUUAAGCCUGGUUUCCUUUUCUUCUGGCUCCAAUUUCAGAGUGAAAAAGGGGGAAUGAUUUUCUCCCCCUAGUUUCCUCUACAACAAUCCUGACACCCCAAUAAACAGAGACUGUUUCUCUGCUCCAAACCAAACUCUUAGCUUCAAACGGGGUCGUAGCCUUCCUUAACUGUGUAAGGAACGGUGCUAAAUCUUGG